AGUGCACUGUGGGAAAAUUUGUGAUGUAAACACCCAGGGACGAGGUACGUUGUUUUUCAUCUGCGAUCUGCCAUUUUGGAGCGUUGGACGCCUCGUGAUGUCUGCUGUUCAACAGCCCUCGGACAAUGACGCUUGGGCAUUGUUAGCCCUUAAGUCUGCACCGGCCAGUCCUGCAAGAGUAGGAUGGAACCCAGAACCAAAGGAACCCGCAAUUGCUCGAUUGGAAGGAAGAGACUUUGAAUAUUUGAUGCGGCAAGCUCGCGUCACGAUAGGUCGGAACAGCAGUAAGGGAGAGGUAGACGUAAACAUGGGACACUCCAGCUUCAUAUCUAGAGUUCAUUUAGAAAUUUGCUACGAACAUCCUAAUUUUUUCAUGAGAUGUGGAGGUAAAAAUGGUAUAUUUAUUGACGGAAUAUUUCAAAGGAAAGGAGCACCCCCUCUGCAACUGCCAAGGACAUGUGUGCUGCGGUUCCCAAGUACAAACAUAAGAAUAGCAUUUCAGGCACUUGUUGAAGAUAAUGCCCCACCACCCCCACCACCACCGCCACAGCCAGAAUCUCCACCUAAGAAAAAGAAUUUGCCUCCACUGAAAAUCAACAUUCCUGAAUCAGUGGAGCAUGCAUUCAGUCCCUGUCCUUCACCUACUGGAACUAUUAGUGCUGCCAAUUCUUGUCCCACAAGCCCUCGAGGAGGUGCCAGACCAAGCUUUGUUGCAGAUAUUAAGAUGGCAGCACUGAGUGCACAAGCAAAUCCCCGGGAGGAGAGAGACAGCAUCCCCACCCCCACAGAUAGUGCCAGUAGCAGCCCAAGGGACGACUCCAAACCGCCUUACUCAUACGCCCAGUUAAUUGUACAGGCUAUCACGUCGGCUCAAGAUAAACAGUUAACACUUAGUGGCAUAUAUGCAUAUAUUACGAAAAAUUAUCCAUAUUACAGAACGGCAGAUAAAGGGUGGCAGAAUUCUAUUAGGCACAACUUAUCACUGAAUAGAUAUUUUGUAAAAGUUCCUCGAUCACAAGAAGAGCCAGGAAAAGGAUCCUUUUGGAGAAUUGAUCCAGCAUCCGAAGCUAAACUUACAGCACAAGCAUUUAGGAGACGGCGGCAAAGAGGCGUGCCUUGUUUUAGAACACCAUUUGGUGGUUUGUCGACAAGGUCAGCGCCAGCUUCACCAAGUCAUAUGGCGGGUAACUUCACCCCGGACAGUAUGUCUAGGGAAGGAAGCCCUAUCCCCGAAGGUCCCAACGAGGGAGACAUCCAUCCCGCCGGUACCAUAGUCACACAUCCGCAGAUACUGGCAGCUCAGACAGCUGCUGACCUCUGUAGGAUAAGUCAGUCAGCGCCAAGCUCUCCUGGAGUUAACAUCACUACAACGCUAAGUUCGUCAGGUACUUCAGCGGUUCAUCAGUUACCAACCAUGAUUACAAAGCCAAAAGUGAUUGUAACUAACGCCACACAACUCGUCCUCAAUGGUCCCGCGGGUCAUACAAACAGCGGGCUCACCAACGGGACACACAUGGAAAUCAAGAAGGAACACGGGACACUAGAUAAAAUACAAGCUGUUGUGACGGCUGGGGGCCAGGCGACAAUUAAACCCGUCACGUUAGUGCGCAAUACAACUGCUUCACUACAGGGCCUGACCAGUCAGCAGCAGCAGCAACUGUCGUCCCUGGCAACGCACCAGGGCAACGGACUGCCAACCACCGCCAUCUUGUCACAGCCUGGCAUCAGCACCUUCUCAACAGUCCAGCGCCCUGGCAUUGCUAUCAUCCCACAAGCGGGCAUGCAGCUGGUCACGACAGCUGCUUCACAGCAGGCAGCAAUGUCACAGCCACAGCUCCUGGUAACCACUCUGUCCAAUGUACCAGUUUCAAUGGCAUCCAAGCGACCCUUAGAAGAAUACAGAGACGAAGAAGGGGUGGAAAAGGAAGCGAAAACGGUGAAACGCGAGAUGAAAGAGGAGAUGGAGUGAGGGAGGGAGGCGUGAAUGAAAGUACAACCUGGUGAAAUUAAAGUAUAUACCCAAUCGGGAGUGACAUGCAAUGAACUCUCGUUAUUUCGGACUCUAUUCAGCCUAAAAAGUAAAAACAAAUUUGGAUGAUUAUCUUUUUCAGGAAGUAUCAGUUUCUGUUCCAGUAAUUUGACAGUAUUUAUUUCUGAAAACUUGCAUAUUCAGGAAAAAGAAUCAUUCAAGAAUCUGCUCUGUUUCAUUAGAAAAUCGUUCUUAAUAGCGUGUUUCUGUUGUAUGUAUAGAAUAAGAAAGAUUGGAAGGAUUUACGUGUACAAAUUACUAUUCAUCUUGUAUAAAGAUUUUUUAAGCUUUUUUUUCAACACUCUUGGUUCAAAGUUCCCAGUGGAUCUAAUGGAUCACCUUCCACAAUCAUGUUUUUUGAGGCCUGCUAUCUUUUAAAAUGUUAACGGACCACUCAAAAUAACCGGUGUUGUGUAUAGUACAUACAAUUUUGUGAAAUUGAUAAAAAAAUAAUCUGAAUAUGAGUUCCAUAUUUGAUCAAAAGUGGUGGGGUUUUUUUUUAAAGAAACUUGGAGAUGAAUGCUUCAGAUGGGUUUGCCUUCUUAGCAGAACAGAGUUGUUAUUGCUUAAAUAAUUUCCAAAUCAUUUUCAGACAUUUGAUGUUGACUAAGAAUCUUGACUAAAUGAUUACUACAUGUAUAUGCUUACUUCUCUCCAGAGUAAAUUAGGAACUGUUUUUCGUUUUUAUAGAGAAACAAAGGCAUAAUGAUUUAAAGUCGCUUCUAAUUCUGUAUUCAUCUUUUUGUAAGGGUUUGUUUGGGGUAUCAUUUUUAUCACAAGAAGUUUGGCAUUUCACUGUUGCUGUGCAAAGUCGAUACACCGAAAAAAGGUUCCCUAGUUUAUUGACAAUGUAGGGUGGGUGGGGGGUCGGUAUCAAAACUUGCAGACGGGAAACAUACAUCAUUGAUAAGGCAUUUUCAUUGUAAUCGCACAUGUCAAUUUUAUUACCUGUUCACGAUCACUGUCAUCAGUUUCAUUAUGUUUGGAAUGAUAUUGAAAUAACAUAUUAAUGAGAUUGGUUCCGGCUUUCUGUCCUUUCUAUCUGAGCACUGUACUGUUGUGAUCCUAUUAUAACUAUCGGAGCAGAUUGUCUUAAACCAAUAUUCAUUUGAUGAUCUAUAUAAUUAUGAUGAUACUGAUAAAUGCUUGAGUGUAAUAUUCAAUUUUCCUGUUUAAAUUUUGUCUGAAUUUUUAAAGAUAAAUUAAGUAUCCCAGAGCGAAUUGUCAGCGACUUUCUCAUUAUUUUUUCAUUUAUUGAAUAAAACAAUUGUGCUUAAGUCCAUUUCACCAAAAUGUCCUCUUGGUUUACCUUGUGAUAGAUAUCUUUGAAAUAGGUAAAUCAAACGAGAAAUCAAUUUCGAAACAAUAUUCAUACAAAUUCCAUUAAUAUAUACGGGUCAAGACACAUUUUAUUAUCAGAACUUUAAAUUCGGCAAAUGCCAUAAAGGAAAAUGGUCCAUUCUUGAACAAACUACAGUUCUUUACCUCAGAGGUUCCGAUAUCAUAUAAUGUAUGUAUUUAGUGGUUCCCUGUAGAUGUUGGCCCUGAAAGCCAAAAAUUUCCCUUUCUGGAGACUGCAACCUGAUUUCUGUACAAUGAAAAUAUUACAAGGUAUAAUGAUUGACUUAACUGUGUUUUUUGGCAGACGGUGUGGUAUGAUUAACUCCAUAGUAUAUACGCUUAUCAUGUCAGAAAUUUUAGAAUAUUGAUACUGAAUUUAAAGAAAUUCUUCAUAAAUUCUUGGUAAAUUAAAAAUAAAACAAUUUCACCCUGGUAUUACCAAAAAUGUAUUUUUGGAAUUGAAAUCUUUUCAAUGAUGUUUGCACUUAUGCUGUGCAGCAGGCUUAGAACGUUCCAAUCUCCUCUGAAAGUGUUAGAAUCUUUGGUCAUCAAUGGCACUGGUUUAAACUGGGGAUUUAAGAUGGUACUCCAUCAUAAUUAAUGGCCAUAAAGUGUAUUGAGGUCUCAUUGGUGCCUUUAUGAUUGGUAGUAAGUAAAAUGAACAAAAUCAGGAUUGAACUUGAUCCUGAUUGAACUACACUAUUCAGUUUAUAAUAAUUGGAACGUAAUGGUUUCAUAACAAACUAAAUCAUGAUUGCACUUCUUCAGAAAAUCAUGAUUUGACAUGAAAUCACAAAUUAAUCAGAAAUCAUGAAUUAUUCAAAGGUGCAACCUCCGGUAUGUACCAUUCAGAUUAAUAUACAUGGUAGAUAAAUUCCACAGACAGCAAUGUUGGACAUAACUUAAUAUUGGACUUUUUUUCUUUUUCUGCUUCAGUAACAGUUACUGUCAUCGUAUUUGUAGAUAAUGUAUCGUCAAACUGAGGCAGAAAUCGGGUUCUUUCACGUCUCGCUCCCCCACUAAGUGUGUACAUGUAUUGUAUUAUAGAUGCUCCAGUGUUUGAAUUUCUCCUUCACAAAAUACGUCAGACAAAUAUAUGUACAUAAACAGCAUGGUUUUGCUGAUGGAAUUAUUCGAAGAAAAUAUACUAUAAGUGUUUGUUCCGAAGAAUUUAAAAAAAUAUUGUAUUUAUACUUUGUGUAUAGCUUUUUGCAUUAUUGUGAUGUAUAAAUUCGUGUAAAAUACAGAACAGCGUUCUAAGAACAUGAUAGAAAAUGUUGAUUUUUUUUUUUUUUUAAUGUUUAAAUAUUUUAGCUGAAUCAAAUUCGUUCAUAUUCUAUAAAAUGAGAAAUUAGUAUCAAAUUUAGACACGGAGGUUAUCAUACCAAUUUUGUGCUAAGUUUCAGUUCUUGCAGGGGAAACAGUCACUUCAAGAAACACCAAAAUUGGAUUUCUGUUGAAAACAUAUUUUUUAAAGGAUUAAGCAAAUGUUUAGUUUAAUAUGUUAUUGAAUAUUGAUGUAUAUAUAUAAAUUAUAUAUAUAUAUCUAUAUAUUGGAUGUGCAUUUCAGGAUUUUUUGUGAAACAAGCAAUACAUAGAAAUGUCCUCCAAGAGUAACGACUUUAUGAAGUAUAUAUAUUUAUAUAUAUAUAUAUAUUGUCAAAAUAGUGCUUAUUGUUAAAUUUAUAUAUGUUUGGAUAUCAACAUUACUUUGUGUCAGAGGAGUGUGAUGUGAACAAGAAUUUUCGUAAAAUCGUGAGUGUGCUUGUGUUGUUCUUUUUAUAGAAUUUUUCAUUUCUUUUUCCUUUUUAUAAAAAAAAAAAUCUGAUUUUGUUCCCAGCUUCUUUUUAUUUCACAUUAAGUCCUCUUCAAUCUUUAGAUUUUUAAUUACAUUAUGUAUCAUUGUAUGUUAUUAAUUGAAAAUAUUAAACAUCAUAGGUUUUGUAGGCAGCUUAAGAUAAAAUGUUUCCCAAUCGUAUUAGGAAAUUAAGCAUUAAAAGAUGAGACAAUCUGGUUAUAGUCACAUAAGGGGAAAAAAAUGUACAAUUCAUGUUUCUUGUUUGAAAUAGCUGUCUGCGUGUGUGCACCAUGUGACCUCCCCUUCGGAAGUUACAUUAUUCUAAAUUUUGAUUAGAACUUGAAUACAUAAUGCCAACAUUUGUGAGAAUUCUCGGCAUUAUAAAGUGUUUGGUAAAAAGGAAUCCAAACUCGAAAGAUAUUACAAAGAAAGUCACAAGAUUAAAAGAGAGAGAGAGAGAAACCUAGAAAUAUGUUGGCGGUAAGCAAAGUGGCAAAUGGAACAAGGGUCGUUAUAUCGAGGUUUUGCUGUAUAACGUAAUGUUAAAAACCUUGUCAUCUGAAAUAUGACUAUCAGAUUGUCAUUCUGAAAUAGGGAGGAAUUUCUACCAUAGUUGGCUACUUAAAAUUUGCAUUUAUUAAAACAAAAUUGCUGUGAAAAUUUGCAUACUGCAUAUUUCUAUUCUUUCCAAAUGUGUUCUUUAUACAUUGAUUUGUGUGUCAUCAAGAAAAUCUGCUGGGUUUUUGUGUGUCACAUUUUACCAAAAACCUAGGCAAGAGGUGGGAGAGAAAAAAACGUUUAAAGUUGACCAUUUUGUAGGUUUGGUGGAAUGGUACGUUCAGGUGUGGAAUUUGGGGUCAUAACCUCGGCAGGUCUGAUCCAAGUUGUGCCACCUCUCGUGGAAUGAAAUUCCACAUCCCAUAUGAUAGGCUAAUAGUUCUUGUUCUGUUUGACAUAUUGAAUCAACUUCUAUGUAAAGAUCUUUUUGGCGGUAACAUAAUGUUCAGAAUGAACAUCUGGCAUGUCCUAUAUAUGUGCCAAGCUAAUUUGACCAAUGUUUUAUCAGACAGUGUUAACAGAUUAAGGUAAUCUUGUGAAUAUUUUAACGAAUGAUGUAUAAAAUACAUUAUGUCUAGUUGCUGCACCUGUGAACUCGACGAUAAUUCCUAAUUCAUAUUUGAUCCACUUUGGGGAAGGACUUGCAAUCAUCCAUAACCACUUUCAAUACAUGAUACGUUCUGGUAAGUUUACAAAUCUUCCUGUUGUCGUGAUGUAGCGAUAGUACUCAUGAAGGAUUUAAAUCUGUACUCAUUGUCAACUGAAGGGUUUAUACAAACUGACCAUAUGAUAUGGCAGCUAGGGAAAGAAAGUUUUGCACAGGGAAGAGAUUCUACACGAUUUUUGUCAAGAAAUGAUUGAAAUCUGAAACAUAUCAGGAAUGACAAAAAAAAUCAGUAAGAUUAUCAAUAUUUAAAGGAAUAACAAAAUCUUUUUCUCUAAAAAUAAGUGGCAUUCAGAAUUAUUGUUUUAGUUUGUUUACGUAAAUGUGUCGAGAAAUGAGCUAUGUAUGAAAGACGGGAGACGUUUUUAGAUGCAUGAAGUAUAUUUAAGUUGUCUGCACUGUUGAAUAUGUUAUUGUUGAGUUGUUUCUUACUUCAGAAGUAGGAUAAUGUUAACUGGGGGUUUUCUCACGCGUUUAGAUGAAACUAUAAGGGUGUUUUAGCAACAUUUGCAGUCUGUAUGUUUUUUAACUCUGCAAUUGCCUCCUUUUAGGUAAAGAAUACAUGUUUACUGUGUAAACCUGGUCUGAUUAAAAAACAAAAUUGCGUUGUAUCUUGAAAAGAGUCUGACAAAAAGAAAAGGAGCCAUUUUUGUGUUACGAAUAUCUUGUGUAAUUUUAACAUGUACACUAGUUAGAUGUAUGUGUUUCAUUUAAAAAAUAUUUGAAGCAAGAAUAAUAUUUUGUGACAUCUUGCUCGCUUGCUCCCGAUGUAUAGUAGUGUAUGGUCAGGUCUGUCCUGAUACAAUGUUGCGCUAUAUCCAGCACAUGAAAGCAGCCUCCGAACGUGGUCGUUACACAGCGGGAAGAGCUGUGAAUCGGAAGCCCACCCGUCCUGGUUCAGUAUUUAUUGUCGCUGUGUGUGUCUCUCCAUGCUAGUAGAAGAGUAUGGUUCCUUGGUUUCCUGGUAUUUUUUUUGUAGGGAAAUACCUCCUGAUGGAAAAAAAACAAUUUGUACAUUGCGCUUACUUUCAGUCGCUCGUCACUCAUGAUUUCAUAUGUACAUUGUACAUGGAUAGAACUGUCCGUGAUUUGUUUAAGUGUAGCAUGGUUUCUAUACAGAUGGCAUUGCUGCCAUUACUUCUGCCGGGGCUAUCUUGGCAUGUGUAAUAAACAUGUUGUUUUAAUCCA